AUGAGCUCCCAGGGCUGCUGGCUGGGGUUGCCACUGUUGCUGACCACCGUGGCUGGGGGCUUUGCUGGACCAGGAAGCCUAGAGAUCACACCCCACCGGGUCAAGAGGGGCUUCACUUAUCCAGGCACGCUGUGGUGUGGUGCAGGAAACAAUGCGGAGAACUACGAGCAGCUAGGGGAGUACGAGGAGACAGACAGAUGCUGCCGAGACCACGACCAGUGUCAGCACGUCAUCCACCCCUUCACUGUCGGCUAUGGCCAUCACAACUUCCGCUGGCACACCAUCAGCCAUUGUGACUGUGACACAAGGCUGAAGCAGUGCCUGCAGCAAGUGAAUGAUGCUGCCUCCCGAGCCGUUGGUCAAGCCUUCUUCAACGUCAUCCAGGUACCCUGCUUUGAGUUCACCUAUGAGGAGCAAUGUAUGGAGCGCUACUGGUACGGCUGGUGUAAAAGCUAUGGCCCCAUGCCCCGGGCAGUGCUCCAUGAUCCUGUGCUCUAUGAGUUUGGGGAAGAGUUAAUCAACAUCCUGCCCCACACCUCCCCACCGCUGGGCAGGACUGUUACUCCAGGCUUCGGGGCUGCCACCCAAAGCUGGAAGGUGCAGUACUCUCCAUCACAGCCAGCAGCUCGGGAUGGCAAGGAUGUCAAGAAGCGGAAGAAGAAUAAAGAGAAAAGGAAGAAGAAGGGCCUUUCUCUGACAUCAGUCCCAUGCCCAGUGCCCCAGCUAGUUAAGGAGCUAGAGAACAAAACCUCAGCACCCGUGGUCAAGGGAGCAGCGGCCCUCGAUUGGGGCAGCAAGGACGAUGGUUUUAACGAUGUCCUUCAUGAUGACCCCAAGGUGGAGGAGCCGACAGAACCUACUCCUAGAAAGACAGAGGUCAACGCUACGGCCCAGCCAAAGAAAGGCAGGAGGAAGGGGCAUGGCAGAAAGAAAGGGCCUAGGAAGGGUGCUGUCCCCUCGUCAAGGCGGAGCCUCGGCUGA